GGGCGACGGGAGACGGUGCCUGAGAGCUGCAGGGCCCGGAGCGCGGGGCACACACGGCCGCACAGCCUCGCGGAGCCUUGGAAUGUGAGGAGGAGCUGCGGCAGAAGUGGAGGCCAAGGCAGAAAAUGGCCAAGGAAAGGUGCCUGAAAAAGUCCUUUCAAGAUAGUCUUGAAGACAUCAAGAAACGAAUGAAAGAGAAAAGGAAUAAAAACUUGGCAGAGAUUGGCAAACGAAAGUCUUUUAUAGCUGCACCAUGCCAACUAAUCACCAACACUUCUACACUGCUAAAAAACUACCAAGACAACAACAGAAUGUUAGUUUUAGCUUUGGAAAAUGAAAAAUCCAAAGUGAGAGAAGCCCAAGAUAUUAUCCUACAGCUGAGAAAAGAAUGUUACUACCUCACAUGUCAGUUAUAUACGUUGAAAGAAAAGCUUACUUCACAACAAACAGAAGAAUUUGCUCAGAACCAAGAAGUAUGUCUCUCUGGAAUGGAUUCCAAUAGUGACAACAACUCUGGGGAUUUAUUUGUGAAGGAUUUACCACAAGUUCCUCUUCAGGAAACUCACCUUCCAGGACAAGGAGAAUCGUUCCAAAUAGAAGAGCAAAUACCUACCAUUCCUCCAGACAGACUGAGACUUGAUUUGGAUUCAGGUGAAGAUAAGUCUACUGAUAAUGUCUUACCUAGAACUGUAUCUCUCCGUCGCAGUUUAAAGAAACGUUUUAACAAUCUGUGUCAAUUCAAUACCUUGGAUGAUUUUGAACUCAGUCAUUUGUCAGAGCAGUCUUUUGAAUUAGAAAGAAUUAGAUUUGUAGACCCACUAAUAAGUAUGCACAUACCUGAAAAUGUAGAACAAAAUGUUUCUCAAUGGAACAAGGAUCAAAUUAACUUAUCACCAAAGCUCACUCACCCAGGAAGAUCUACUAAAACAAAAGAAGACGUUUUAGAGUAUAAAUCUGAACAAACUGAAAGUAAGCAUAGAGAUGCACAAGGAAGAAGAAGAAAAGAGAAAAGAAAAGCUAACAGAAGGAGAAAAUCAAAAUCUAUAUCAAAGUAUAAAUGGAGCAAAAGUGAGAAUAAAAAAACUGUUUCCAAAAAAAAGUUGGAUGAAUCUUUCACUUCCAAUGAUGCUUACAAUUUUAAUUUGGAAGAGGGUGUUCAUCUCACUCCUUUCCGACAAAAAAUGAGCAGUGAUUCUAAAAGAGAAGAAACCAAAAACAGUGAAUCUGAAGUGAGCAUUUGUGAAUCAGGUGGUUCUGAAUCAAGUGGUUCAGGAGAUGAUUCUGAUGACCUCUAUUUGCCCACUUGCAAGUCCAGUCAAGAUCUCACCAACGAAUCAGAUAGGGGCCCAGUCACCAGGCCUCGAUCUAAAAGAGCACCAAAAUAUACGGAUGAAAAAGAGACGGAGGGUUCUAAGCCAACAGAAACUCCUCCUAGUGUACUACCUGAACCUCACCAGUCAGCUCAUUGUGGCCUGAAGGAUAUCACCAAUGUCCCCUUGGAUCCUGUAGUGAAAAUCAGAAAACUUUCUCUUUCCCCAAAGAAGAAUAAAGAAAGCCCCGCAGUGUCUCUGCCUAAGCGUAGGUGCACAGCCAGUGUGAACUACAAGGAACCCACACUCGCUUCGAAACUGAGAAGAGGGGACCCUUUUACAGAUUUGUGCUUCUUGAAUUCGCCUAUUUUCAAGCAGAAAAAGGAUUCCAGACACAGUUCUAAAAAAAGAAGUAUGAAGAAAAUACAAUGAAGCGUUUGUUGGAUGCUGUUUAAAUUCAUCUUACACCCCUUUCUGUUGCUCAAGCGAGAAUCUGAAAGAUAGUACACAAGUGGGUUGAACUAUUGCCAUGGAAUAUUCUCUUGACAGGACUCUAGAUCAUGAACAUUUCUUCGAAACUAAACUUCAAAUGUGAUUUUUUUCUUAAACCUUUAAUAAAUUUGGUUUUUUCCUUUAAAUAUGAAUAACUGGACUUAAGCACUAUAAUAGUUUAGAUUUUUUUAUACUGCAUAAAACCCUUAAUUUUAGUCAAAAUGUAUCUUAUGUCAACAUUGUGAAAAUUAAUAAUGAUUAUUCAAAUUAAGAUGUUUUGAUUAUAAGCUUCUGGCAUCUUUAUUUUUCCCUUAUGCGGGGAAUACUAGAAUGAAUGAUUUUUGAAGACGUCUGAGGAUUUUUUGAAACUCCUUAUAUAAUAUUUGAAUAAAACAAAUUCGUGACAUUCACAGUAGGGUAUAUCCUAAAUUGUUUGUGGAUCCUUUAUAUCAUUGUUAAAUUUAAUUUUUCUGGUGAAGUGUGUAUGAGAUCGCGAUUAGAGAAUUGAUGGCUGCUUUGGCUCAGGGACUAGGUAAGUGACUAGCUCUGAACCCCAAGCUCUAGGUGUAUGUUGUUCAACAUGAUACUUAAGCAAAAUCACAGAUUAUUAUGUCAUGGACUUUCAGGAUAGUUCCUUAUUUAGUCAAAAAUCUCAAACGUUAAAUGUGUGAAUGCCAAGGGCUUUUUUGUUAUUUUUGAUCGACCUAUGAGAAGGAACUAGUUCAGUUCUAAAAGUUUGAAGCCUAUACUUGUAUAUACUUCUUUAAACUUUAAAGCACUGUAGGUUAUCCAUUUUUAAAGAGCAAUAAAGUUUGUAUAAGACAGUGCUUGUGUUUUUCUUCUAGUCUUUAAAUAUUAAAGAUAGAAUAUCUCUGAUCAUCUUACUUUCUAUCCUUCACUAUUCUCAUCCUUCUUGCACGUUUCUCUCCCUCCACCUUGGUUUCCCCAAUAGUCAUUGCCAUGAAAUUCGCAGCUCCCCUACCGUACUCUCAACCUAACACUUCUGUCUUUCAACUUUUCAUUGUGGAAUCUCCAGGUCCAUGAUCAACAAAUUCUGUUUUACUGGGUGACCUCAAUUUUCAAUCCAGACCUCAAAUUUUCUUGACUGCAUCUCCAUAUCUUUCUGCAUUCCAUAUCAAUCACACCCAAAAACGUUUUCAUCAGCCAAAAUUUUCUAUCCCUGAUAGAAUCACUGAUUCAUAUGUCCUACUCUCCCAUCACAGUCUCUUAUUUUUCCAAGUUGUUUGUUCAACCAUUUCCCUUACAGCUGUUCUUUAAAUUCAUAGAAACUCUAGAAUAGCUGUCUUAACUUAAUUAACAUUAAAUACAAUUUACAAUUUAAUUUCUCAAUCACACUAUCCACCUUUCAAGUGCUCGAUAGCCACAUGUGGCUAGUGGUUACCAUAUCGGGGACAAUGCAGAUAUAGAGCAUUUCCAUCACCACAGAAAGUUCUGUUGGACAAUGCUGCUUGAGGUUAGCAGUGGGCAAACUGUAGCCCAUGGGCAAAAUUCAGCCCUCUGCCUGCUUUUGUGUGAUCUGCAAGCUAAAAAUGGUUUUUAUGUUUUUAAAUGGUUGAAAAAAACCAAACACUUGCUAUCAAUUUUGAUGAUAGAAAACACUAACUUUGAACCCCAAUAAAGUACUUACAUAAUAUCCUUGAUUUUGCCUCUUUGGCCUGCAAAGCCUAAAAUAUUUAUUCUCUGGCCCUUUACUGAAAAAGUUUGCCAACUCCUGCUCUAGACCAUCGACUGCCUUUACUUUUACUUAUAGAUCUUUCUCUUCUGACAUUUUCUGAUCUAGCUUUGAUCUUCACCUUCCCUUCAUCUCCAAAAUCAAUCAUUAUUCUAAAUUUGGUGUUUUGUGCUUUUAUAGUUUUUGUACUUUUAAUAUUUCUGUAUUCUUCCUGUAGCGUUUAUCCAUGGACUGUUAAGAAUUGUUUUGUAUUUUAACCUUCUACAUGAAUGUUAUAUUGUACAUAUCUUUUUGCAGCUGACUUUUAACACUGUUUUUGAGAUUUAUCCGUGUUGGCAGAUGUAGAUUAUUUUCAUUGUUGUUGUACAGUAUUUUCUUAUAUAAAUAAACCAGACUUAAUCUUC